CGACUUAGCUGGAUGUCCUGUUGAGGAUAAGUAGCAACAACAACACAACCUCCUUUUCUCUCAAUUCCUGAUUUCCUUCCAAUGGAGAAAUUUGCUACUCUCAACGCUUCAAACUUGAGCUCUGCUUCUCUUUUACCAAUUGGGUUUUCUUCGCCAUGCCUCAAAUCUGCAGUGUUGGCUCAACGCUCAAGGGUCCACGUCACAAGGGCUUCCAUUGCUGUAGAGCAGCAAGCUCAAACUAAGGUUGCUGUCAUCAGAAUUGGCACUAGAGGAAGCCCCCUAGCUCUUGCCCAAGCUUAUGAGACUCGUGAGAAGCUAAUAGCCUCAUAUCCUGACCUUGCUGAAGAGGGAGCCAUUCAAAUUGUAAUAAUAAAGACGACAGGUGAUAAGAUAUUAAAUCAGCCUCUUGCAGACAUUGGCGGAAAAGGGUUGUUCACAAAAGAAAUAGAUGAAGCUCUCAUCAAUGGGGAAAUUGAUAUUGCUGUCCACUCAAUGAAAGAUGUGCCCACAUAUCUGCCAGAGAAGACAAUUUUACCGUGCAACCUUCCACGUGAAGAUGUGAGGGAUGUAUUCAUUUCUUUAACUGCAGGUUCUCUGGCCCAGCUUCCGUCAGGAAGCACAAUUGGUACUGCUUCGCUGAGGAGGAAGUCACAGAUUCUCCACCGCUAUCCCUCACUCAAUGUGCUGGAGAAUUUCAGAGGCAAUGUUCAGACAAGGUUAAGGAAACUGAAUGAGGGGGUAGUUCAAGCAACAUUAUUGGCAUUGGCAGGUCUAAAACGUAUGAAUAUGACAGAAAACGUAACUUCCAUUCUCCCUAUAGAAGAUAUGCUACCGGCUGUUGCUCAAGGAGCCAUUGGUAUUGCCUGCAGAACUGAUGACGAGACAAUGGCCAAUUACAUUGCCUCAUUGAAUCAUGAGGAAACCAGAUUAGCAGUGGCUUGUGAGAGAGCAUUUUUGAAGACCUUGGAUGGAUCUUGUCGAACCCCAAUUGCUGGGUAUGCCUGUCGAGGUGAAGAUGGAGAUUGUAUUUUCAAAGGAUUGGUUGCCUCUCCAGAUGGAACUCGAGUUAUUGAAACCUCUAGAAAAGGCCCAUAUACGUUUGAAGACAUGAUACGAAUGGGCGAAGAUGCAGGCAAGGAACUACUUGCAGAAGCAGGUCCAGGAUUUUUUGGAAACUGAGUAAAGCUUAUCGUUGCCUCAGAGAUGUCUAAUAACAGGGAGAGAGAUUGGAAAUUGAUAUUUCACACCUAGGAUAGGAUUAUGAGUUCACUUAUCCUUGUAACUGUAAUAACGGCAAUAGAAUUUGAAUACUUUGUAUAUUAGGGUAGCAUUUGAAUUCUUUGUAUAUUAGUGGUAGCAUUUCCACGUCAAUUUGAAGUUGUUAUCCUUCAAGGUUGCAGAGUUGUAUGAAAAUUUCUACUGACAGAUCCUGAGUAAUAUGGAUUGUUAAUCACUUUA